AUGCCUUCUCAAUGGAACCAUAAGGCUGAUAAGGAUUUGUUGUUGGCGAUUAUUGAAGGAAACAACCUGAAGGCUAUUGAAUGGCCAAUGAUCUCUGAGAAGCUUCAGAAGAAGGGCUAUUCCUUUACUAAAGAGGCUUGUCGACAGCAUUUCCAGAAAAUAAGAAAGGAAUCUCGCACCGGCUCACCUUCUGUUUCCGUCAACACUACUCAUGCUACCAUUCCUACGAAGAAACGCAAGUCCAAGGCCGCUUCCUUUGAGGGUGGAGAUGAGGAUGAGGAUGACGACGAAGAAACACCUUUGAAGAUCAAAUCCAAACGUGUCAAGAAGGAAAACGGUGAUCAGUCAGCUACUCCACCGGGAGUCGAGGUCGAGGAAUAG